UCGAGAGGGUUUCCAUGAUGGUUAUACUGCUCAACUGCGUCACGUUGGGGAUGUAUCAACCCUGUAUGGACGACAAGUGUGAAACGAAUAGGUGUAAGAUACUUCAACUUUUCGACGAUUUUAUUUUCGCAUUUUUUUCGUUGGAAAUGACCAUCAAAAUGGUAGCGAUGGGAGUGUGUGGUCGUGGUACAUAUCUAGCCGAUUCCUGGAACCGCCUCGAUUUGUUCAUAGUAUUAACCGGAGCGAUGGAAUAUAUCCUUAACGUAGACAACUUGAACCUUUCCGCUGUCAGGACGAUAAGGGUCCUGCGACCCUUGCGAGCAAUCAACAGGAUACCAAGUAUGCGAAUCUUGGUCAUGCUGCUCCUCGACACCCUACCCAUGUUGGGUAACGUCCUCCUCCUGUGCUUUUUCGUAUUUUUCAUCUUCGGCAUCGUAGGCGUCCAGCUGUGGCAGGGAAUCCUUCGCCAGCGCUGUUACAUGGAUCAGAAUUUGAACAAAACACAUAAUUUCACAUUGCCCGACAUAUCCCGUUUUUACAAGCUGCAGCAGGAUCAGGAGUACAUUUGCAGCAAAGACGAACAAUCUGGAAUGCACAGGUGCAAAGGCCUUCCGAAUUACAUCAACGGCACAAUCGAGUGCACUUUGAACAUCAGCGAAAAACUAGAUCCUCAGUAUAUCAACAACGACACGGCGUGCGUUAACUGGAACCAGUAUUAUGAGGAGUGCCAGGAGAGGGGACCCAAUCCGUUCCAGGGAACCAUCUCGUUCGACAAUAUUGGACUGGCAUGGGUGUCCAUAUUUUUGGUGAUAUCGCUGGAAGGGUGGACGGAUAUAAUGUAUUACGUGCAGGACGCUCACAGCUUUUGGGACUGGAUUUACUUUGUUUUAUUAAUUGUAAUCGGUUCUUUUUUCAUGAUAAACCUCUGCCUGGUCGUUAUCGCGACCCAGUUCUCCGAAACGAAGAAGCGGGAGAUGGAACGGAUGCGUCUGGAACGCGCGCGGUUCCAGAGCAGCAGUACCUUGGCCUCGUCGACCAAUAACAGCGAGCCCACGAGCUGCUACGCGGAAAUCGUUAAGUACAUCGCCCAUUUGUGGAGGAGGGGCAAGAGAAGACUGCUGAAGAAAAUAAGACUGUACAGGGUGAGGAGGGAUCAAAGGAGGGAGCGGAAGAUGAUUUCGGGGGAGACGAUUAGGCUUAAUUAUGCGAAGAGGCACCAUCCGAACUGUCCCAGGUUGAGGCAGCAUCAGGCUCAAAGCGUACCGAGCACUCGAGCCGCCUCCAGGAGGACUUCGGUCUGUUUGAGCGAGAACAGGAGCGAGGAAGUGGAAUUAUCGGCCGUUUCGAAGAGGCCGAGUCUGUUGAGGGUGCCCUCGGCCUCCAAUCAGGAGAUUUCCGCCAACAAUAAUGAUAGUCCUACAAACUUACUGUCACCGACGCGAGGUCCUUUCACUAGAAGGAUAUCGUCCGUGAUGUUCAGCGACGUGAUCGUUCUUCACGGGGAGAACGACACAUUGCCGGGGUCCUCGUCCAACAUCGAUAAGAAGAACGUCUGCUCGAGCGAAAAAACGACCCAAGCCGGUGACGGCAACAUCUGGCAAAUCUCAUCCAUGCCGAACCAGCAGCAAAUCCUCCAAACUCAGCAACAAAUUGCUCAAGACUGUUGCGACCUAAUGAACGGUGAAGCGAUGACCUGCCAACAACUGCUCGCCCUGGGGGCAAUCAAUGCGGCUCUGCCCACCGGCCAGAUAGACUUUGACACCAUCCUGAGCUCCCUAACGAGAGGAAUAAGCAACAGAAACCGAAACGCCGAGGACUUGUACAUGCAGCAGCUGCCCGAUGACGACUUCAGCUGCUGCCACGACCUCUGGCACUGCGAGUCCGAGUACAACAACGAAAAGCGGUCUCGGUUGUAUAUCGCAUGCUGCAUGAUCCUGAAAGGGAUAAUCAAGGGCGUGAAAUACGCGCGGAAGAAAAUCAAGCUUUUAGUUGAACACAAGUACUUCCAACAGGGUAUUUUACUAGCUAUACUGAUAAACACGUUGAGUAUGGGAAUAGAGUUUCACAACCAACCUGACUACUUGACGCAUCUGGUGGAGACUAGUAACGUGAUUUUUUCAGCCAUUUUUGCAGUUGAAAUGCUGCUGAAAAUUAUAGCCGAAGGGCUGUUUGGGUAUAUUUCGAAUGGGUUUAACGUGUUCGACGGGAUCAUCGUAUGUUUAAGUGGCAUUGAACUGUUUCAAAGGUUCCUCGGUCAGUCUCACACGGACUCUGGUCUGUCCGUGCUGAGGACGUUUCGUCUGUUGAGGAUAUUAAAGUUGGUCAGGUUCAUGCCAAAUUUGCGUCGUCAGUUGUUUGUGAUGUUACGAACGAUGGACAAUGUCGCUGUAUUCUUCUCCCUUCUAAUACUUUUUAUUUUCAUAUUCAGCAUACUUGGGAUGUACCUUUUUGGGGGUAAGUUUUGCAACUAUAGAGCUGAGGACGGAAGCAUUAAAGAAUGUUCCUGCGAGAUGAUCGUCACCAAUGACGAAAGGUGCGAAUGCGAUCGGAAACACUUCAACAAUUUCCUCUGGGCCACAGUCACAGUAUUCCAAAUCUUAACCCAAGAAGACUGGAACGUGGUCCUUUCGAACGGGAUGGCCAAAACCUCGCACUGGGCUGCACUCUAUUUCGUUGCACUGAUGACUUUCGGCAAUUACGUGUUGUUUAAUUUAUUGGUAGCUAUUUUGGUAGAAGGCUUCAGCUCGGAAAGAAACGAAAGAAGAGAAAGAGAGCAAAGAGAAAUGGCGAGGAGGAAAAUGUCGUGCAUGCUAGAAGGGGGAAGUUUGAGAGGCAGCUCCGAAGAAACCAGCAGAUCAGUUUCGAGUUCCAGCGGAAGCUACACACAGGAGACGAAAAACUGCUGGAGAUCUGCUGAAGAACUAAGAAAAGUUAAAGACUUCAAUGAGCAGAGAUCAUCAAUCGGCCUAAUCAACUGCAACUGUCGAGAAAAACUCAUCGAAAAAGAGUGCGGUUUCGUAGAUAUAACCAUCCAAGGACCAGUUGAGCCCAAAUGCAACAUCCAGAAAGAAUCGAUGUUGCGGCAGCCGUCGAGACAGACCUCACCCCCGAUCAUCACCCACACCGCCGCCACCCCCCAAGACUCGCCCAGCACCACCCUGGACGAUUUUCCCGAGUUCCGCUACAACGUGACAACAGUAACAAACGACUGCCCUCCUGCAGACGACAGCAGUCCCGGAGGUGUGUCAAGCACAGAAUCGACGCAAAAGACUUCGAGCCUCAGUCUGCUCAAGCCGCCGACACUGUCGCCGCCCCCGCUCACUUUCCGCCAGUUCGAAAGACCAUUAGAGGAGCCGCAGCCGCCUUUAUCCGGGAAGAUCGUAACGCACAACGAGAAAAUCGGCUCGAAAAUCAUGACGUUCUCGGAGAAGGUGUCACUGCCGCCGAGGGAACAGAAACCCAACAACCAGGAAAAGGCGAAGAUGCAGAGGAAAUGCUCGUGGAAGCUGACCAACAGGCCCAGCUUGAGGAGGAAGAAGAACAGGAGCGGGUCUGACUCGGAGGCGGUGCCGCUCAACAACGGGAGGGACCACUCGCAGUGCAAUGGGGGCGGCAUCAGCCGGCAGGCUAGUUUACGAAACGAUUCUCUGUUGCAAUCAUCCAUUCGAAUCCAAAACGACACCCAGAGUGAUACGCCAAAUAAUAAGAGUGCCAAAGGCCUUAGCCCGCAAAAUUCCAUUAGAAAUAGAUCCAACACCUACAGCUCUGUACCACAAGUAUCCACAGCACCCACCUUAACACGUCACAAUUCUUUAGUCACGUCGAGCAUAACCCAACCGAAAAUUAACACGCAGAUCAACAAAUGUAGUAGUCCGACUCUGUCGAGGAAAUCGAGUCAAGUGGAACCGAAGUCGGUCAACAGCCUCAACGACAAGACUGUGCCAGAGAGGAGCCUCCCCAAAAUCAAAAUGGAAGACUGCAUACCGACCGAGCAGGAACUACCCAGGACGAGGAUGAGCAGGAUUAAGAAUUUGCUGAUGAUGUAUGAACCCGCUGGGUGCUUGAAGGAACGGGAAGACUACUCCCUGUAUAUAUUUCCACAAGAAAAUAGAUUUAGACAAUGGUGCUACUGGUUUGUUAACCAAAAGUGGUUUGAUAACUCCAUUUUGUUGUUUAUUGCUAUGAAUUGCAUAACACUAGCGAUGGAGAGACCCAACAUUCCGCCCGAUAGUCACGAGAGAUUUUUUCUAUCGACUUGUAACUAUAUUUUUACUGUAGUUUUCACUGUUGAGAUGUUUGUUAAGGUUGUGGCUGCCGGUAUGUGUUACGGUCCAAACGCCUAUUUCACCUCCGGCUGGAAUAUCAUGGACGGCUCACUCGUCAUCAUCUCCAUUGUAGAUUUAUUGAUGUCGUUAAUUCGGUCCAACAGCCCUAGAAUUUUUGGCAUCCUAAGGGUCUUCAGGCUGCUGCGCUCCCUUCGCCCCCUCCGCGUGAUCAACCGAGCCCCCGGCCUCAAACUCGUAGUCCAAACCCUCCUCUCAUCCCUCCGCCCCAUCGGCAACAUCGUCCUCAUCUGCUGCACAUUCUUCAUCAUCUUCGGCAUCCUCGGCGUCCAGCUCUUCAAAGGUUCCUUCUACUACUGCGUCGGCGAGAACCUCACGAGCAUCGUCAACCGCAGCGACUGCGAGAACAACAACUACAAAUGGGAGAACCAAAAGUACAACUUCGACGACUUGGGGCAAGCCCUCAUGUCUUUGUUCGUGCUGAGCUCCAGGGACGGCUGGGUCAACAUCAUGUACAACGGUUUGGACGCAGUGGGGCUCGACCAGCAGCCCGUAAUCAACUACUCCGAGUGGAGGUUGCUCUAUUUCAUUUCUUUUAUUUUGCUUGUGGGUUUCUUCGUUUUGAACAUGUUCGUGGGGGUGGUGGUGGAGAACUUCCACCGCUGUCGCGAAGAACAAGAGAAAGAAGAGAGGAUAAGAAGAGCAGCGAAGAGAGCGCUGCAGUUGGAGAAAAGAAGACGUAAGAUGAACGAACCUCCGUAUUAUAUCAAUUAUGCUCCCUGGAGGCUAUUUAUUCACAAUGUGGUCACUUCAAAAUACUUCGAUCUGGCGAUAGCGGCGGUGAUUGGGUUGAACGUGGUCACCAUGGCGACUGAAAGUUACAAGAUGCCAAACCUUCUGAACUAUGUUCUAAAAAUUUUCAAUUAUUUCUUCACGGCGGUUUUCAUAUUGGAAAGUACCAUGAAGAUAAUCGCGCUGGGUUUUGUUCUCUAUAUCAAAGACAGAUGGAACAUUUUGGAUGUAGCUAUUGUCAUACUAUCAGUAGUAGGGAUAGUUUUAGAGGAACUCAAGUCCAACAUAAUACCGAUUAACCCAACAGUAUUAAGAGUGAUGAGGGUGAUGAGGAUAGCCCGAGUCCUAAAACUUUUAAAAAUGGCCAAAGGCAUUCGGGCCCUUUUAGAUACCGUAAUGCAAGCGCUUCCACAAGUGGGUAAUUUAGGACUGCUGUUUUUUCUCCUCUUUUUUAUUUUUGCGGCUCUCGGGGUGGAGCUUUUCGGACGGCUGGAUUGUAAGAAGAACGCGUGCCAAGGUUUGGGCGAGCACGCCCACUUCGAGAACUUCGGCAUGGCCUUUUUAACCCUAUUUCGUGUGGCCACCGGCGAUAACUGGAACGGAAUCAUGAAGGACACACUCAGCGACGAGAAGUGUGAUAAAUCAGCCGAAUGCGUGACCAAUUGUUGCGUUUCUAAAAUAAUAGCCCCCAUUUUCUUCGUAAUUUUCGUCCUGAUGGCGCAAUUUGUUUUGGUUAAUGUCGUAGUUGCGGUCUUAAUGAAACAUUUAGAGGAGUCGCAUAAGCACCUGGAGGAUGAACAGGACCUCGACAAUCAAUUGGAGCGCGAAUUCCAGGAAAAGCAAGAGAUGGAAGAGAAGCGGGAGUUGUGCCUUGCGCUGCAGAUGGAUCAGGAGUGUCAAAGGCAACACAAACCUCUAACAAAAGUACUGUCACUGCCAUCGAACUUCACUUAUAACCCUCCUGGUACAAAGGCGACUUUGGAACGGAAGCCGUCGUUCAAGCAAACUCGCCGCCAGACUUUACACAGCCACCAGCCCAUCACUCUGCUCAACAUGGACGACAUUCGCAACAUCGAUGAGUCGGUUUCGGACAUUUAUAGUAUCCAAGAGUACAAAACCACGGAGCUGGUGGAGAAAAAUCACCGCCACCAGAUGCAGACCAACCUUGAUGAGAUCAUAUCCUUGAAUCAGAACGAGACUCUGCUGAGAAUACCCAAGGUGGAGGAGCGGUUUCCUCUGAAGAGGAUCAACGAAACUAACGAGAAUAACCGCUUAGCGGUACCCCCUGAUCCAAAGCCGAAAUUCUUUGGUAGCACCAAGCAUCUGUUCACCAAGCAACUGUCCAUGGACAUUUCAGAAGAGACACCAUUUUUGCAAACUUCGCUGACGGUACCGCCGAGUCAAGUGGAGAAGGUCGAAGUGACGAAGCACGAAGAGAAGGAGUUGAAGAUGCCAAAGCACGACAGUCAGGAGAGUGUGCAGAGGAUCAUCACCGAGAGAAGAAAGUUGGACGAGAGUUUGAAGGAGUUUAACGAAUACGACAUUUUCGACGUAACGCAUAGUAGUGAGGAGAAUUUAGUGGAAAAAGACGAACAACGAGAAAAAUCGGACAGUGAAAACGAAAAUCAAUGUUAGUAGAAAAUAGAGAAAAUCACGGUUUUGAUAAUUCGUGUGAUUCUUCCCUAGUUACCUAUUUUUAUAUCUGUAAAUAGUGUGUAUUAAUUGUAAAAAGUACCGUUUUUCUAGUCUAUGUUUUUAUUUUUACAUAUCUGUAGUAAAUGUUUUAGUAUUUUGUACACUUGUUGAAACGUGUUUACGAUUAGGAAUUGUCGUCGAUAGGUACUAUAAAAAAUAUUUUCAUUAUUGAAGUGUCAAGUGAAAUUCGGGCAGAAAUCUUAUUUCUAGAUACUCCAAUAUCAGAAUGUAAUACAAUAUACAGGGUCUUUGCAAAAUACUAGGCUAGGUCUGGUGCUUACGAAUCAUUAGGACGUCAAGGGUGGCCAAUGUACUUAUUUUUUUCAUUAUUUUGUUGACACCCUGUAUAAUUUCCACCUUAGCAAGCUUCAUUGAUAUUGUGCCAUCCAGUUUGUGUUUAGCCAAUGAACUAGUAACUAGGUAUUUUAAACAGCUCACGAUCCUCCAUUCUGAUUUCGUCACGACAAACAAAAUGGACGAUCGACCAAUUAAUCGAAGGCAACUAAACGACUAGACAAUUAACAAUUAAACGUAAACUAUUAGAUAGAUUAAAAGUAGAGUAAAUUACUCUCUCAAUUAAAAUGGUCAUGUACUUUAGAAACAGCAAAAUUCAGUGUCGCUCACGUUUUAGUUGAAAACAUCAGCACUAAAACCUCGUGAGUACUGUUGUUAACCAUAGAAAGAGCAAGAUCUGCUUAACUAGUCAAUUCGUGUCAUAGCAUAGGUUUGACAGAUGAACGUUUCUAUGGGGCAAUAAUUUCGUGGGAAACAACUCUUAAAUUGACAAUCUCAAUUUCGCCUUCCAGGAGCUUCUGAUAGGAGUAAUAAAAUAAAACUCAAUUAAACUCAAAUUAAAAAUGCGUACUUAAAAAUAGUUCGUGUGAUGUUUAUUUUUUGUUAGGAAUCUUUAAAGUUACUUUAUUUAAAAAUCGACGCCAGCGAACACAGCAAUUCAACCUCACCAACAAACCGGAUUUGUUGAUGACGAUUCAAUUGUCUCUAUUCUCGUAUUUUUUCCCUUUACAAGAUGGCGCUGGUCUCGGUUUUUACUAGUUACGAGUUAAAAUUUGGGGCAGUCUGUGAUAUUUUUGGUCCCCCUUUUAGAUUAGAUAUUUCCGAAUUAAAUUUUAGAUCGUCUGGUUUAUUCUUCUACUUGAAAAUUCGUUGCGUCCGAGGAUUCAACGAGUUUCUCGACUCGUAGGUGCUUUCCAUAGAUUAUUUCUUCUAUCCGUGCCUUCUGUCUAUAGCAAAACUGUAUCUUUGUUUCUAUUUUUAAAUGAUCAGUUUUAACCGAAACUCAAUAUGUAAAUUAUUGUAUUUAGUAACUUAAAACUGAAAAAUAAAUAAAGACUUUAAA